AUGCACUCCGACACGUCCACACGAAUCUCCGUCAACAACAUGCUCGGCCCCACCUUCCCCGUCCGCACAGGCGUCCGACAGGGUUGUCCUCUGGCACCUCUCCUUUUCGUCUGUGUCAUAGAGAUCUUCCACCGAUACAUGUCCCUCUUCCUACUCGGCUUCGCUCUGUCUCCCGUCCAGCGCCGACUCAUGGCAUGUUACGCAGACGAUGUCACUCUCUUCCUCACCUCAGACACAGAGCUCGGCCUCGCAGUGAUACUCCUCGGCGUCUUCGGCUCCCAGGGAGACGAAGAAGGAGGGGGGGGGGGGGAAGAGCAGGGGCAGCACAGGCACGGGCAGGGCAGCCGCGCGUGCAGGGCAACAGCGCAGAGCAGGGCAGCAACAGGCGGCAACGGGCAGCACAGGCACGGGCAGCAACGGGCGGCGACGGGCAGCACAGGCACGGGCAGCAACGGGCGGCAACGGGCAGCACAGGCACGGGCAGCAACAGGCGGCAACGGGCAGCACAGGCACGGGCAGCAACGGGCGGCAACAGGCAGCACAGGCACGGGCAGCAACAGGCGGCAACGGGCAGCACAGGCACGGGCAGCAACGGGCGGCAACGGGCAGCACGGGCACGGGCAGCAACGGGCGGCAACGGGCAGCACAGGCACGGGCAGCAACGGGCGGCAACGGGCAGCACAGGCACGGGCAGCAACGGGCGGCAACGGGCAGCACAGGCACGGGCAGCAACGGGCGGCAACGGGCAGCACAGGCACGGGCAGCAACGGGCGGCAACGGGCAGCACAGGCACGGGCAGCAACAGGCGGCAACGGGCAGCACAGGCACGGGCAGCAACGGGCGGCGACGGGCAGCACAGGCACGGGCAGCAACGGGCGGCAACAGGCAGCACAGGCACGGGCAGCAACAGGCGGCAACGGGCAGCACAGGCACGGGCAGCAACGGGCGGCAACGGGCAGCACGGGCACGGGCAGCAACGGGCGGCAACGGGCAGCACAGGCACGGGCAGCAACGGGCGGCAACGGGCAGCACAGGCACGGGCAGCAACGGGCGGCAACGGGCAGCACAGGCACGGGCAGCAACGGGCGGCAACGGGCAGCACAGGCACGGGCGGCAACGGGCAGCACAGGCACGGGCAGCAACGGGCGGCAACGGGCAGCACAGGCACGGGCAGCAACGGGCGGCAACGGGCAGCACAGGCACGGGCGGCAACGGGCAGCACAGGCACGGGCAGCAACGGGCGGCAACGGGCAGCACAGGCACGGGCAGCAACAGGCGGCAACGGGCAGCACAGGCAGAGCGCACGAGGGCGCGGGGACAGGGUUAGGAGCUAGGGUAGAACUUCUACAGGACGGCAUCCCCAGCCUCGCCGACAUCCGCCGUCUCCUUUACUCCACACAGCCACUUACUCACCACAGUCGAUGGACCCGAGACUUCACCCUUCCUUCUCCUCCUCUCCCUGGCCUCAAGGACCCCUUUCUCAAAGACCAGCCGAGCCGCCAACGGGAUAUCCUCUUCAGACUCUACACACUAACUCUCCCCUCUGGAUCACGCUUCCAAUAUUUUGACGACCGAGAGGUGUGUCCCCGGUGUCCCGCUGCCGUUGUAGAGACACUGCCGCAUAUCUUCUUCGAAUGCGCCUCCGCCGGAAAUGUCAUCUCUGCUCUGCGCACAGUCGCUGAUCCUAGUCGAGCUGUCAUCGCCACCAACUCGUCCGCGACAACCAUUUCAGCCUCUCUCUCGUUUCUCUCCUCGUCCUCCUCAACCCGACAACCCUGCUCUGCUGCCGCGCCCACUGCGUCGGUCUCCCAACCGACAACUGCCACGUGUUGCAGCGUGCAGCCGCCAGUGAGAGGUGGCUCCCUCUCAGUAACAUCGGGCCUGCACCAGGACGCGCUGCUGCUGUCUCCGCACCCUUCCGCCAACGCGACAUCAUGGGGAUCCGCCGUCUUCUCCUUGCCGCCGUCAAGGUUUUCCUGCAGAUACGCCAGCCGUGCGACGUUCCGGGGGCAAUCCCCCGGAGCCGCGUCAACGGGGCACGCGGGCGCGGAAGGAGGAUUGCGGAAGGGGAUAGCUGAUGGGGGCGGGGGUCUCGGCGGCGGGCGGGAAGAGGGUGUGAGAGGCGGGGAAGUAGACGGAGCGGGCGGGGAGGGAGGGGACGGGGGGUUCACGGGAGUGCUGCGGGAGGUGCAAGAGGGCGAUCUGGACGUGCUGCUUAGUACUCUAGAGGACCGCUUCGGGGCCGAGAUGCGCGGCCUGGGUAACGCCAGGAGCGAUAGCGGCAGCAGCGGCAGCAGCAGUGCGGCGGCGGCGGCGGCCGCCGUGAAGGCGAACGCGCACGCGCUGCUGUCCGUCGGCGCGAAGCGCGGGCAGAUAGUCCGCCUGUUCCGCGCGCAGCCGGAGCUGAUCUACCGGGACGUGGGCGCGGCGGCGGCGGACAUGGCGGUGCUGCUGUCGUCGUUUAGAAUCACGCCCCCCGCUAUGCUCAAGGGCAUCGCGCAAUCCGUGGACUGGCUGGGCACGCCCGCGAGCCACGCGCAGUGCGUGCUGCAGUUUCUGGAUCGCGAUCUGGGAGUCAACAACCUCGCGCGAGUCAUAUCCGUGUCGCCGCACGUCCUCACGCAGUCCGUCGAAACCCUAGAGGACACCGCCGCCUUUCUCCGCACGGAGCUCCGCCUCGGCGCGGAUGUGGGCAUGGCGCUCGAGCGCAACCCCGCGCUGCUGGGGGGAGUCGGCGGAAGAGUGGUGGUGGACGGGGAAUUGUGCGGGGCGGAGGCUGUUGCUGCGGGGGCGGGUUUGGGGUUUGGGCGGUCGGAUGUUUCCGCGAAGCUGGAGGCGCUGCGGCGGUUGCUGAAGCUGCGGAGAGCGAUUGAUGUGCUUCCGCUCGUCGAGCACUUCCCGCCGCUGCUCCUCGCUCCCGCGGGCACCGCGGAAGCCACCUACGCGCAGCUGGAGGCGCUACUAGGCCCCACCAGCGCCGCGCUUGUUGCUGGCGCGCGCCCGCAGGUUCUUGCGCUGCCCGCCCAGGCAAUUCGGGAGCCAAUUGUGCAGCUGAUUAGGCGGUUUGAGGGGAAAGAGGCGGCGGCUACGGUGAUUGCGGCGGCGAACCCGUCGCUGCUGCGGCGGAAGUGGGACAAGACGGCGGGGAAGAUAGAGUAUAUCACGGGGGUGAUGGGGAGGGAUCUGCGGGAGAUCGCGGAGUGGCCCGCCGUGCUGUCGUGCAAUCUGACGGGGCGCAUCAAAAGGCGGUACGAGGCGCUGAGCGGCGUGGGCGGGGGGCGAGGGGAGACGCUGCGCGCCAUGCUGGGGUGCAGCGACCGCGUCUUCGAGCGCCGCUUCCGCGUGGCACUGCCUGCGCCCGUCAAGGGGAAGAGGUGA